AUGGCCAUAACGACGCGUCUUCUUCUGAGGCUUACCGGAAGGAUUAAUCUGACUAGAGUAAGUUGUUGAAAGCUGUCUUCCAGUUUUUUUGAAAUGUUAUUAUGUUGGAAAUGAAGAAAGAUGUAAUUUACAAUGCUGUACGGUCCUCUUUGCACAUGUGUUUUUCUACUGACUUUGUUUUUUCAGUUGUAUUUUAAUUUUUUGAUUUUUGGAAGAUGUAAGAUUGUUUUCUUUUAGAAUUUAUGGGUAUUGAAACAUGUAUACGCUCCUCCAGCUGUCCCAGAAGGUCAACCCCAACGGCCUCCUGACUUGCAAAACCUUCAGAAGUAUGAAGUCGUGCGGUAUCCUCAGGAAUUCAAGACGAAACCAGUCAAAGUAAUACUUUUGGAGGAUGUGGAAGGUAAAUAUUACUUUUUUUCUUGGUGUUCAGGUUGAAAGAAGGUAGAAAUACAUGGAAAUCUGCUCCCAUAGUUCUUUCUUGAUGUAAAGAUGCCGUUAAUGCUUUGUUUUAGGUGUUGGCCAUCAAUUUGACGUCGUUGAGCUACCUCGUAGUCAAGCCCACAACGAUAUUUUGUUGCCCAGGAAGGGAGUUUACGCUUCUCCAUUUGACUUGGAGUAUUAUGGCCGCAAACGUGAGGUAAGUUAACUUUGGAUGUUUUAUAUUCUUUAAUCUUUAGGUUUCUAUAUCUAAUUUUACAUUGUUUUAGGAGAUGAAGGAAGAAUUGGAAUCCCGAAUCCGAAUCCCAUAUGACUUCAUUUUGAUUGGCCGAAAACUAGUGGAUAAACUCAUCCCGAUCCAUGUUUCAAUGGAGAACAAAUGGGAAAUAACGCCAGAAAUUAUAAGCGCCUCGCUUUUCGAAAAGGUAUCUAAAUUUAUGUUGUGAUUAAUGUUUUUGAGUUUAGGAUGUUGUUGCCAAGCCUGACGCUAUCGUUGUCCCGCCUCAAAGUGCUCUAAAGGGUCCAGAUUUUGAACAGGAAGCCAAAUUGGUCAGGUUUUACGUUGUGGUGGGUCGUAUUCAUUCUUUAGCUGAUAUCUUUAGCUUUCAAAUCAAUAUGUUGUGCCAAUGGUUGGUCGAAUCUCUCAUGUUACAACGGAUGAUAAUGCUGAGGUACGUUCAUUUUAAAUCGUAGCUUUGAUUCGGUUUUUAGUCGCUUUACCCUCAAGGAAUCACUUUUCCAUCCGCGGAACAGUUGAAGAAACAUGGAUUAAAGCCAGAACAGCCGUACUUCCAUACCAAGGGACCGUUCACGGAAGAUGAUGAUAUUUUGGACAUCUUGAGGAGGAGGGAUGAAUAA